UUUUAGCAUUCUUUUACUAUGACGUCACGUUUUGAAUUGCGGAUCGAUUAUCUAAACUGAUUCCGUAGUUUUUUUUAUCAGGAAACAAACACUAUUUAUUCUUCUGCCAUUGCCACCGUGUUCUGUAACUCUACUCACAGUAAAUAGUAAGGAAACUCUAGAUGAAUUCAUCAAAUCAAACCUCGGAUGAUUCCUCUGAGUUCCCUAUUCCCCACGUUAGUCUCUUUCCACCUUUACCGAAUCCUAUCCCUAACACCAAUUUCCAUCCUAUCCCUAACCCGAAUGUCUCUCUUCCUCCCGAUGAUCACAUCCACUCCCUCCCAGUCCCCCAAAAACGACGACGCGGCCGGCCUCAACGGAAUGCCCCGACGACAUCGUCCUUUCAGCUCCUUAACUCUCCCAAUGGCUCCUUCAAUCUCAAUCUCUCAGUCUCUAACCCAAACCUUAAUCAUAAUUCGAUGUCCUCAUCAUCAGCGGCGACGACACAGACUACACAGCCCAAAAUUGACGAUGAGAUCAUCGUGAUCAAUAAGGAAUCAACGGCAGAGGCUCUUACCGCUCUUUCUGCUGGAUUCCCUGCCGAUUAUCUCACCGAGGAAGAAAUUGAUUUCGGCGUCGUUUCCUCUGUUGGCGGCAUCGAGCAGGUAAAUUAUAUUCUCAUUCGAAACCACAUUAUUGCAAAAUGGCGCGAAAACGUAUCGAAUUGGGUGACUAGAGACAUGUUUGUUGAUUCUAUACCCAAACAUUGUAGCACGAUUUUAGAUUCUGCUUAUAAUUAUUUAGUUGCAUAUGGAUAUAUAAAUUUUGGGGUUGCCUCGGCAAUUAAGGAGAAAAUUCCAGCGGAACCUAGUAGAAGUAAAGUGAUUAUUAUUGGUGCUGGGUUAGCAGGGCUGACUGCGGCUAGACAGUUAAUGGGGUUCGGGUUUAAGGUGACGGUUUUGGAAGGGAGAAAGAGAGCCGGUGGGAGGGUUUAUACGAAGAAGAUGGAGGGAGGGAAUAGGGUGAGUGCAGCUGCGGAUUUAGGUGGGAGUAUGUUAACUGGUACCUUGGGGAAUCCGUUAGGGAUUGUGGCGAAACUUGGUGCUUCUCUUUUUAAGGUGAGGGACAAGUGUCCACUUUAUCGGAUGGAUGGGAGUCCGGUAGAUCGGGAUAUGGAUUUUAAGGUGGAGAAGGCUUUCAAUAGGCUUUUGGAUAAGGCUAGUAAGCUUAGGAAGUUAAUGGGGGAGGUUUCGAUGGAUGUUUCACUUGGAGCUGCAUUAGAGACGUUUAGAGAGGUGUACGGGGAUGCAGUGACUGAAGAGGAGAUUAGUUUGUUCAAUUGGCAUCUUGCAAAUUUAGAAUAUGCGAAUGCUGGAUUGGUUUCUAAGCUUUCACUUGCAUUUUGGGACCAAGAUGAUCCAUAUGACAUGGGAGGGGAUCAUUGCUUCUUGCCAGGAGGAAAUGGGAGGUUGGUUCAGGCUCUGGCCGAGAAUGUGCCUAUUUUGUACGAGAAAACUGUGCAUACUAUCAGGUAUGGCAGUGACGGAGUGCAGGUUAUGGCAGGAGCUCAGGUGUAUGAAGGUGAUAUGGCAUUAUGUACAGUGCCUCUCGGAGUUUUAAAGAGUGGGUCGAUCAAGUUUGCUCCAGAGUUGCCUCAGAGGAAGCUUGAUGCCAUAAAGAGGUUGGGGUUUGGGUUGUUGAAUAAGGUUGGAAUGCUUUUUCCCCAUGUAUUUUGGGGUACAGAUCUUGAUACGUUUGGGUAUCUUACUAAAGAUCCAAGCCAUCGAGGAGAGUUUUUUCUGUUUUAUAGCUAUGCAACAGUUGCUAGUGGUCCUCUAUUGCUCGCUUUAGUAGCAGGAGAAGCUGCACAUAGGUUUGAAACUCAGCCUCCUAUAGAUGCAGUGGCACAGGUUCUCCAAAUUCUCAAGGGUAUAUAUGAACCACAAGGCAUCACCGUCCCUGAGCCCCUCCAAACUGUCUGUACCAGAUGGGGUGGUGAUCCCUUCAGCCUAGGUUCGUACUCUAAUGUUGCAGUGGGAGCAUCUGGAGAUGACUAUGAUAUAUUAGCAGAAAGUGUUGGGGAUGGAAGACUUUUCUUUGCAGGGGAGGCCACUACAAGGCGAUACCCUGCCACCAUGCAUGGAGCUUUUCUUACUGGACUCCGGGAAGCUGCAAAUAUGGCUCAAUAUGUGAAUUCUCGUACUGCUAAGAAAAAGAUUGACAGGAGUCCAUCGAAUACUGCUCAUUCUUGUGCUUCCAUCCUUACGGAUUUGUUCAGAGAACCUGAUCUGGAAUUUGGUAGUUUUUCUGUAAUUUUUGGUCGAAAGAAUGCUGAUCCAAAGUCACCAGCUAUUCUGAGGGUGACAAUUAGUGAGCUCCGAAAGAAGAAUCAGGAAAGCUCAAUGACAGAUCAGCAACAUUCGAAUAAGGUGCUUUUUCAGCAGCUCCAAUCACAUUUUAAUCAACAACAAUUACAUGUUUAUACAUUGUUAUCAAAGAAACAAGCACUUGAUCUAAGAGAAGUGAGAGGUGGUGAUGAGAUGAGGCUGAACUAUCUGUGUGAAAAGCUGCGAAUUAAGCUGGUGGGACGGAAGGGUUUGGGACCUACUGUCAAUUCCGUCAUUGCUUCUAUUAAAGCACAAAGGGGUCUUCGGAAACCUUCUUCAAGUCCUUUGGCUCUAAAAUCAGGGGCAUCAAUGCUGAAAACUGGCAAUUUUAAGCACAAGUUCAUUAGAAAGGCUAAAAUAGUACGCAAAACUAAAGGGAUGCCUCCUCCAAUUGUGAAUGCGGUAAAUGGCGAUCCGUCAGAGGAAAUAAAAAUGACAAAGCAGGCUCCUCUUGACUCUUCUAGUUCAGGGCAAAACCAAGGUGAGAUGUUUAAGCAAUGAACUGGAAAUGUGUGUAUUUUUUAUGGAUCCUGAAGAUCAGAGUUUCAUAGUUCAGUGACAUUGCCUAAGCCAUAAUAUUCUGCAAACCCCCUUUCUUCAAUUCUUGGAGCUUGUACCUGAGACUUAAAAAUGUUGCCAUACAAGCUGGAAUCUAAUGUGUUCUAUAUCCUUAUGUUACUUGGAUUCGGGUGUGAGUAUCGGAUACAGGUAUGCAACCUAUAUGGGUAUGUUUUGUUUUUGUUUUUUAAAUUCACGUAUUUAGAGGAUACUAGGAGAGUCAUAUUCUUUUACUUGUGUCCGUAAAUAAAAUGUCGGAGAAAAAUAGCAUUUCCCAAAGUUAGGAAACUGUAAUUUUUGUUAAUCUAUUUGCUCAAUCACUGCCACCAUAAAGUUGUCGUGCCACGGUUGGCCUGUUUUCUGAAAGUUUAGAAAUGCUAUACAUUUAGCAAGAACCAGAUGUUGGUAAUGGUUUCGGGAUGCAUUCAUUGAUAAUACCCUGUUUAAGUGCCCCUGCUACUUGCUGCUGCAUCUAAAUCCUUUUAGAGUCAGCAAUUCUGAAUAUAGGGAUCAAAGUUCGCCCAAGGCAAACUGUUUUACAGUCGUAAAGCCUGCCGUGAUCAAAUGUGAUGGAGGAAAUUGUUCUUUCCGUGACUAAGGCUUUCUGGUUUGAUAUUUGAGAAGCAGAACACGUACUGAUUCUUGUACAGGAUUCACGGACAUCUCGCCUUAUCCGACGAAGUGAACAGCUACCUAUGCAACUGAGAUGAUGAUCGAGUCGAGGCUGUCGAUGAGAGCAGCUUGGUCGAGGUGUGGUAAUGUUAUUGGUGGAGCCUUGAAGACCCAUAUUCACAGCAAUUUUGUACAUCAGAAAGUAUGGGAAGUUGAGGCAAAUAGCGUGUUGCGGAUACAUUUUUUGAGAAUUUCCUAUCCAGAGCAGGAAUUAUUGAUAUGCUUUGAAUAAGGAAUAUAUUUCAUGAUUUCUGGAAAUCUUGUAUUGUUUUAUUGCAUUUCCUUUUUAUUUUAAUGCAUGAACGAGAUUGUAGGCAUGUCUAGUAAUGGUU